AUGUCGGGCCUCCCUUGCCCACUGCGCCUGGCGACGAGGCCACUGCCCGCGUCACUGAAGCCGGUGGUGCGGCUGCCCCCACGCACCGGCCCCUUCGGGGCUUUCGACACCUUUGGGUGGCGUUGGGGGCCGAACCUCACCAUCGACGAGAACCUGCUUCGGCUGGCGCUGGUGGUGCGGUUCAACUGCCUUCGGGUGGCCAACUACACUUCGGGGCGUUGCAGUGCCAUCAUGGCGCGCCCCCCGCGGCAACUCAAUGAGACGCACGUCGAUAUCGAGGUGGUCGGCUUUGGCAUCAACGCGCCACCUCGCUUCGCCCCACGACGGGUGGCCCAUGAGACGAAGGUGCCAGGCGUGCGCCACUUUUUCCAGGGUGCCGCCAACAACGAGAUCCAUUCAGAAAUGCAGAUCAUCGGCCGUUGUGCCCGCGAGGGAAUCCCAGUUCGAGGCGCAUGGUUCUACAUCGCGCUCGCUCCCUGCUGGGACUGCUGCAAGGCCCUGGUGGCGGCCGGCGCCGCGAGGGUGCUCUUCAAAGGAAGGGGCCGACGCGCACCAAAGCCCAUGAAGGCCAACUCACGGGAGCAGCUGUUUGCUGAGGCCAAUGACAUGGCUUGGGUGCACGCCGAUUUCAGCGAAGAGCGCGAGGCCUACGUGGAUGCCAUGUGGGAUGCCUACAAACAGGAGCUCGGCCUGGAUCGCGCCGCCGUGAAAGCGCAAGCCUCCGCUGAGCCACUGUGA